AUGGCAGCCUCCAUGCCUGCAAAUGUGGAAGUUCAAUUUAUAAAUGAAUCCAAGGGUAGAGGUCUGUUUGCACGUCAAGAAAUAAAAGAAGGGGAGGCUAUCCUAGAUGAGAAACCUCUAGUAUCUACUCAGUUUCUAUGGAAUGAACUUUAUAAGUAUACAGCAUGUGAAUACUGCUUACGGUCACUGGAGACGGCCGAAGCCAUGGCUAGAAGAUUGACCAACAACCCAGCAUUGUCACUACCUCACCCAGAAUGUUGUGCUUUAGACCCAUCAGAAUUUGUCGUUUGUCCUCAAUGUCAAGUAUUGUAUUGUAGUGAAGAAUGUCGGAAAGCAUCCUGGGAUAGAUAUCAUCAAAUUUUAUGUUUAGGUUCUUCACAUCACGAUUCAGAUCAUCCGUUACUACGACUACAGGAAAUAUGGAGAAAUAUCCACUACCCUCCAGAGACAGCUAGUAUAAUGUUAAUAUGUAAAAUGAUAGCAAUGGUAAAACAGGCUGAGGAUCCUGGUCAUGUCAUUACCAUCUUUAAUAAGUUCGUUAAUAAUACUGUUAACGAAGAAGAACAGAUUGCUCAUAAAUUAUUAGGAGAUCAGUUUAAGUGUCAGUUAGAAUUAUUACGAUCAACUACAGCAGAAAUUUUAUUUGAUGAAUCUAUACCACAGUGGUUUACUCCAGAAGGUUUCCAGUCUUUAUUUGCUCUAAUUGGAACGAAUGGACAGGGUAUAGGAUCCUGCUCUAUCAGUGUAUGGGUGAAGAAUUGUGAAGAUUUAGAGUUACCGGAAGAUAAAAAAACAGAGUUAGAUGAUUUUAUAGAUCAGAUGUAUGAAGAAUUAGAAAAAGAAUCUGGAUCAUUUUUAAACUGUGAAGGAUCUGGGUUAUAUGAGCUAACCAGUAGCUGUAACCAUAGUUGUGAUCCAAAUGCAGGAAUAACAUUUCCCCACAAUAAUCAUGUUUUAACAUUGGUAGCUUUAAAACCUAUACAACCUGAAGAGGAAAUAUAUAUUAGUUAUAUCAGUGAAUGUGAAAUGAGCCGGAGUCGUCAUUCUAGACAGAAAAUAUUACGAGAGAAUUAUUUAUUUACUUGUCGAUGUAGAAAAUGUGAUUUUGAGGCUGAUGAACCAGAUGUCACGUCAGAGGAAGAAAUGGAUUCUGGUGACGAGGAUGGAUCUGAGAAAAUGGAUAAUUUAUGAUCAAUAAAUCUUUUUAGCACAAUU